AUGAGCUCGAAACCUAGACAGGCUCCCACAAGUUGGGAUGCAUACGAGCGUGGUCGUGCGUCGUCCUUCGGUUCCCUCGAGUCUGUGCCCGAAGACGAGCAGCAGAACAAUCUCUCCUCGUCUACCCCAGCAGCACACCGUUUCCCAUCGGAGAGCCAAGAGCAUGGAGGAUUGCGACGCAGAUCAUCGUUUGGCAAGAGAAUUGACCAGUUCAUGCAGAUGGGUGGUCCCAAUAGUAUCGACAAUUUUGCAAAGUCGUUCCAAAGAGCUGCAGGGUUUCGUGAGAUCACACCGGUGCGGAGGAACUCGAUCAGCUUCUCGGAAGCCGAUCAAGAGGCAGCUCCAGGUGCUCCUGAACAGAGUACGGCGGCGACCAAUAGGUCACUUCUGAGACAGCAGCUGCAAGAAUAUGAUUUUGGUGCCGAAAACGAAUCAGCCCUACAGGAUGAACGGACGCCAGGCCAUCAAGAGCCGACAGAAGAGUCUGCUCUCUUGCCUACUGAAAGCAGGCAAACCCUCAAAUCCACGACAGGCUCUCUCGUCCCGGGCUCAUUACUGCCGAAUGAGCUGGGCACAAGCUAUGGAAGUAUCUCUUCCAAGUUGACAGCUACUGCUCGGCAACGAGCGACCAUCCUUAUAAUGGAGCAGGAAGAAGCCAGCAGGAGAGCACUGCAGGAGCCAGAAGCAUUGAAGGAAGAACCUCAACGACAUAUUGAACGGGAAGUCCUUCCCGAUGGUGAAGUCAUGGAGCGAAUAGUCGGCGAGUCAACCGUUCCUAUGACCGUCUUCAACUCCACGAAUGUGUUGAUUGGAGUUGGCAUCCUGGCCCUGCCACUGGGUAUCAGAUACUCCGGAUGGGUGAUCGGUCUCUCCUUCUUGACUCUUGCUGCCAUCGGCACCUCAUACACCGCUAGAUUGUUGGCAAAGUGCUUGGAUUCAAACACGGGCUCAACCACGUACGGAGACAUCGCUUACUUGGCGUUUGAUACUUGGGGCAGACACUUUGUUGAGGCCUUGUUCAUCUUGGAGCUGACGGCUGCAAAUGUCGCCCUGAUUAUUCUGUUUGCGGACAGUAUGAACUCUCUGAUCCCUACUGUCUCCGUGAUCGAGUGGAAGGUCAUUAUUGCUGUUGCUCUCAUACCGUUGAAUUUUGUUCCUUUCAGAACCCUGAGUGUCACCAGUGUCAUUGGCAUCUUCUGCUGUCUCGGCAUCAUCAUUAUUGUCUUUGCAGAUGGCCUCAUCAAGCCCAAUGCCCCUGGUUCUUUGAGGGACGUGGCUCAAACCUGGGCGUUCCCCGAAGACUGGAGGACUGUUCCGCUCAGCCUGGGUCUGUUCAUGGCACCGUGGGGUGGUCAUAGCGUCUUCCCGGCCAUAUACAAGGACAUGCGACAUCCACAUAAAUACGGACGAGCUUUGAAGUAUACCUACUUCUUCACCUACGGUCUUGACCUGUCUAUGGCUGUGCUGGGAUAUCUCAUGUUCGGCGACAAGGUACGCGAUGAAGUGACCUCUAACAUCCUCCGUUCGACCGCCUACCCUCACGCCCUAUCCGUCAUCAUCGUCAUUCUUAUCGCCAUCAUUCCUAUCACCAAGAUUCCACUUUCGAACCGGCCCGUGAUGGAUACGCUUAACAAAAAGUUCUACAUCGACCUCCGCCAGAUGGAUCCCAAGGCACGCGCAUACAGUGAGCGGUCGCUGAAACAUCGCGCCGCGCGAGGCCUCAUUGGUAUAUUGGCCAACAUCAUCCAACUUGGCAUUGCCAUUGGUUUUCCCGAUUUUGACAGCAUCAUGGCUCUUAUGGGGUCGGCUUUGUGUUUUACCAUCUGCAUCAUCCUGCCCGUCAGCUUUUAUCUGGUCAUUUUCAGCUCCGAGGGCAAGGAGAUUGGAUUGGCCGAGAAGAUCCUCGACUGGAUCUUGUUGGUGGUUUGUAUCACCCUAGCGGUGUUGGGGACUGUAUUUGCUAUUUUGCCCAAGCACAAGAUUGGGGCUUCGGUUUGA